AUGAGCAAGCCAUCUGAUAAAGUCACUGUCCCAGAUGUCCUUCCUUUGAUUCCCACCAGAAACAACCGAGUCCUCCUACCCGGCAUAGUUAUGCGAUUGCAGAUAGGAAGGAAAGACACUACUCAACUCAUGGAUACUUUAUGGUCGAGAUAUGCGAAGGAUCCUAACAUUGUCAUUGGGUGUGUCCCCGUAAAGCCAUCUCCGGACGAUCCAACUGCAAAGAACCCUUCUCCAUCAUCUAAUGAAGGUGUUACCGCCGGCGUAAAGAGUGUCGUUGGCACUGGAGGUGCUCGCCAACCACAAUCAGAUAAACCCGACGAUCCACGUAAACCCAUUGAAGCUUCUGAGCUCUUCCAAUGGGGUGUCGCUGCCAGAGUUGUCAACUUUGUAAAGAAUAAUGCUAAUGAGGCUAGAUUGACUCGCGCUAGCUACAUUGUUACUCUGGAAGGUGUCAUGAGAUUCAAAAUCAACAAGCUGACUAAAACAUCGCCAUACUUUGAAGCAAGCAUCCAAACAUUCCCAGAGAAUGAAAUGCCCGAUAGUAGAGACAAGGAUUUACAAGCUCUCAUCAUCAACCUGCGAACAUCUGGUCAUGAACUCGCAUCAGUCUUGUCUCAACUUCAACUACCCGCAACCGUACUAAACCAACUUCGUCAAAUGUUGGAUGGUACACCACCUGGUCAAUUGGCGGACUUGUUUGCUUCCAUGAUUGACCUAUCCAUGGAUGAGAAACUAGCCGUUCUAUCCACUACGGAUCUAAAGACGAGAAUCACUCGAACUCUAGAGUUGUUGACUCGACAGAUUCAAGUGCUCAAGAUCUCGCAGAAGCUGCAGUCAACGGUAGAAUCCAAGCUGGGAAAGAAGCAGCGAGAGUUCUUCUUGAGACAACAGUUGGAUGCCAUCAAGAAGGAAUUGGGUGAAGAUGGUGAUGCCCAAGAAGAAGAUGAAGUAGCAGACUUGUCAAAGAGAAUAAACGACGCUAAACUACCAGACGAGCCCGCUAAGGCCGCUGGUCGAGAACUAAAACGUCUCAAGAGAAUGCAUCCUUCCAUGGCUGAAUACCAAGUAGUCAGGACAUAUCUGGAAUGGCUCGCCGAAGUCCCAUGGUCUCUGUCCACAACCGAUGUCUUGGACAUUUCGAGAGCACGUUGGCAACUAGAUGAAGACCAUUACGGUCUCGAUAAAGUCAAGACCCGUAUAUUGGAAUUCUUGGCUGUACGUAAAUUGAAGCAAGACUUGAAAGGUCCCAUCUUGUGUUUCUUGGGUCCUCCUGGUGUUGGAAAGACGUCCUUGGGACGAUCGAUUGCUAAUGCCAUGGGCCGUAAGUUCCAUCGUAUAUCGCUUGGUGGUGUAAGGGAUGAAGCCGAAAUCAGAGGUCAUCGUAGAACGUAUAUUGGUGCUUUGCCUGGUCUUGUUGUGCAAGGUUUACGUCGCGGGACUGUCAACAAUCCAGUCUUUCUUCUCGAUGAAAUUGAUAAACUAGGACGAGACUUCCGUGGUGAUCCAUCUUCUGCUCUAUUGGAAGUAUUGGAUCCAGAACAAAACAGCACAUUCUCUGACCACUACCUCAAUGUUCCAUUCGAUUUGUCUAAUGUACUAUUUAUUGCUACUGCAAAUGAGGCUGAUACUAUUCCAGGACCAUUAUUGGAUCGUAUGGAAGUCAUUCGCAUACCAGGAUAUACAUUCGAGGAGAAACUCUUUAUCGCAAAACGCCACUUGUUACCAAAGCAAGUUAAAAUGCAUGGUCUGCGAGAAGAAGACGUCAAGAUGGAUGAUAAAGUGUUGAUGAAGAUUGCCACUGGAUAUACUCGGGAAGCGGGUGUUCGUAAUCUUGAACGUGAAGUCGCUUCUGUAUGCCGAGCCAUGGCUGUUGACUACGCUGAUGCCAAGGAGAAGGGAAAUCCAGACUUGUAUAAUCCUAAUGUAUCAUUGGAGAAAUUGGAGAAGAUUUUGGGUCCCGACAGAUUUGACGACGAGGUAGCAGAACGAACAGCAGUGCCAGGAGUAGUAACUGGUCUAGCAUGGACAGCCUCUGGUGCAGGUGGUCUCCUAUUUAUUGAAGCUACAUCUGUCCCCGGUAAAGGAAUACUACAACUCACUGGAAAACUUGGUGAUGUGAUUAAAGAAUCAGCUCAAAUUGGUUUAACUUGGGUCCGUGGUAAUGCUACCAAGAUGGGUAUCACAACACGAAACUCUGAGAGGUCACUUUUGGAGAACAUUGAUGUGCAUAUUCAUUUCCCUGCUGGUGCUAUUCCAAAGGAUGGGCCAAGUGCUGGUGUUACGAUCGUAGUAGCUCUAGUAUCCCUCUUCACAAACAAACCAGUCCGAGAACAUACAGCUAUGACUGGUGAAAUCACUCUCCGAGGCCAAGUACUUCCAGUAGGAGGCAUCAAGGAGAAGGUCCUAGCUGCUCAUCGAGGAGGCAUCCGACGAAUCAUCAUGCCAUACCGAAACGCCAAGGAUUUAGUAGACGUGCCCAAGAACGUGCAGGAUGAAAUCGAAUUUAUAUUUGCCAAGAGGGUGGAUGAUGUGCUACGAGCUGCCUUCGCUGAUGGAGUUAAGCUCGUUGGUGCUGCACCACCUGCUGAUGGUAUUACGCCAGUAUUCGGGACGCUCCAUGCCAUGCCCAAACUGUAA